AUGGUCAGAAAAGCCCUCAAGGCGCGCGAAGGCGGCUACCUCAUCGCCGUCAUCGGCGACGAGGAUACCGCCACGGGCUUCCUCCUCGCCGGCGUGGGUGAGAACCACGUCACGAACGGCGCCAAUUACUUUGUCGUCGACCCCAAGGAUACACCCACGCAAGCAAUCGAGGACGAAUUUAAGCGCCUCACCGAGCGCGACGACAUUGCCAUCGUCCUCAUCAACCAAUACGUUGCCGACCGCAUCCGCCCGGUUGUCAGCAAGUUUAACGCCGCAGUCCCCGCCAUCCUCGAGAUCCCCUCCAAGGAGCAUCCUUACGACCCCUCGAAGGACUCAAUUCUGCAACGCGUCCGCGGCAUGCUCGGAACCAGCUGAACCUUUUAUUAUAUAA